CAGAUUCCAUUCAAUUCCCAAUACUUUAGUCAACAAUCUCUCCAUCCUUACAUAUUUAAUUCAACAACUUUCCUAAAACAAAAACACAACUCAUACACACACACACAAAAAAAUGGACAUAGAGAAAAAAGAAGAAAAACCUCUUACAACAAUCACCACCAACCAACGAAAACACAAAAGUCGUAAAUGCCUUUGUAUAUGCAUAUCACUAACAAUUGGAAUUAUACUUACAAUCGGUAUUAUCAUUCUCAUUCUAGCUCUAACCGUAUUUAAACCCAAAAAACCCGUUACAACAGUUAAUUCUGUCGCGAUAAAAGACUUAGACGCGUCUAUCAACCUCCUUCCGCCGCGUGUUUCAUUAAACGUAUCACUUGAUCUAAACAUCUCUAUAAAAAAUCCUAACAAAGUUAGUGUCAAGUACCGAAACAGCUCAGCUAGUAUUUUGUAUAAAGGGGACGUUGUUGGUGACGUCCCCAUUCCUGCAGGGGAAAUUGGCUCUGAUACCACGAAAGAAAUGAAUCUUACGCUUACGGUUUUUGCUGAUCGUUUGUUGACAAAUAUGGAUGUUUAUGGUGAUGUUGUAAAAGGUGAGUUGCCGAUUUCGACGUAUACUAGGAUCGUGGGUAAGGCCAGGAUACUAAGUUUGUUCAAUAUUCGUAUUGUUUCGGUUUCAACAUGUGAUUUGGACAUUAGUAUUACAAAUCGGAGUGUUGCUAAUCAAACUUGUCAUUACACGAACAAAGCAUAGUGAUUUAAGAUAUUAUUUAUUGUGUAACAAUUCAUGAUUGGUUUUUCUUUUGGGGUUACAUAAGAGUUUUAGAUCUUGUUCCACUAUGGUCAUUUAUAUCGAGGAUGUAUAAUGUUUUUUUAAUUUUUAUUUUAUUGUAGCUAAUUUUAGUUUAUAAUAGAAUUAUUCUUGCUAUGGAUCUUGUCAUCUAUUGUACAUGGAGAACGUAAAAUUUAUACUUUGAUCUAAAGUUAUAUAUUU